UUUGUCACAUAGCUAUUCAUUUAGCCUUCAUAAUUACAGACUAUCAAAGUAAAGAAAGUUUCAUGUCUGCUGAGCGCGAGGACUUUAUCUCUUUGGCCCAGAUCCUAGUGUUACACCAACCCAAAAAAAAAGUGACACCAUGGCUGCAGAGGGGGAGCCAUCAGAUUUGGUGAAGGUGCUUCACCUCCUGCUGCUCUCUUUCUCCUGGGGGAUGCAGGCCUGGGUCUCCUUCAUCGCAGGUUUUGUGUUGCGGAUGAAGGUGGCGCGGCACACCUUCGGCCUGGUGCAGAGUAAACUGUUCCCGGUGUAUUUCUACUUCCUGCUGGGCAGCAACGUGCUCAGCCUGGCUCUGUUCGCUGUGUUUCAUCCCAGAGAGACGAUGGACUGGCGUCACAGUGUGCAGAUGCUUCUGUUCUUCGUGGCUGUGGUCACGACGGCUCUGAACGGGCAGUGGUUCGGUCCGGCUUCCACAGAGGUGAUGUUCCAGAUGCGGGCGGUGGAGGAGGAGCACGGCCUGGGGAACCAGAUCGGGCUGAGCAGCCAGAAGGAGGAGUACACUAAACUCAGAGAGAAGGACCCCAAGUACAAAGCCUUCAAACGCUCCUUCGGGAAAUACCACGGGAUGUCCAUGCUCUGCAACCUGAUCGGGUUCCUCUGCACCACCAGCAACCUGAUCUACACCGCGCUCAACCUGUCCACCAUUUAGAGGAGAGUAGAUCCACCAUGAAUGGACUUUUGUAUGGUUCAAAAUAGCCAAACAUUAAAGUUUAAAGACAUCAUGUUCAUGUAGUUGCAUAGAAUAUUUUAUUACUUGCUGUCCCAACUGUCCUGAUGAGGGAGGAUGGGUUCUUUGCCAUUGAGUUGCAAAAAAAUACACUAUUUUUGAUCACUUCAAAAUGGGUCCAGCUGCGGAGCUCCAGGCUGGGGCCCACCUCCUCUGUAGGACCAUUAUGUUAGCUUAAAAAAAGUAUCGACAUCUGAUAUGAUAGCAUUCAUUCACUAUUUUAAAUAAGCAACAACCAAUAACACCAAGAUAAAAUAUGAAACCUUAAGAUUUCGUACCUAAUGUAUAAAGUUAGGUACAUUAACGCUAAGCAGCAAAAGACUAUCCUUUUAAGUUUGCAAACACUAGCUAACUAUUAUUGUCGUGAGCAAACUACCGUUAACGCCAGUUGAAGUUAUUCAUUUGCAUUAAGCUUUUGUAUAUACUUUUUUGUUCUAAGGUUACCUGGCUCACGACAUUAGCUAGCUGAAAUGAGCGUUUGUUAAUAAACAUAAUUUAGGUAACGUUAACGUUUUUAUGUUACAGUUAAAUAUUAAAGGUGUCUUGUUUACUUUGGUGUUAUUGGUGGAGGUUGCGCGGCAUAAAGCAGAACACAUUCAUUAAAUACACACACUCACUUAUUCAUUAACAUUAAAAUCAAUAAAACAAUACACUAAGCAUUUUACCAGAUAGGCAUAUAAACGUUAUUUAUUGAUGAGAGGCUUGACAAAUGCGCGUGAUUUCACCUUAGCACAGAACUCAAUAAAGGAGGGGUUGAGCCUGGAGUUCUGCAGAAAGACAUUAUUACUUUUACAGUUUUUGUCUCUGUCAGUUCAUCUCUGUUCCUGCUGUCAAUCAGUCUCUAAUUAAAGCAGUCUCACAAAAACA